AUGCCUCUCCCCAAUGGCCAGGCCGCUUGGCCGCCCCCUAAUCCAUUGCAUCAUAUAAACAGCGCUACCAGUAUCACCACUUCCACCGGUUCUGCUGAUGCUCUCGCUGCCGCAUCCGCCGCCAACACGUUGAUGCCUGAGGCAUCCAUCGACGCCGAAGAUGAUGCUCGGCGCGCCCUCUUCGCGGAUCUCUAUCGCAACACGGAGGACAGGGUCGCGCUGCUGUUCCAGGAUGAUGGGUCCUACAACCGACCCCUCAUCGACGCGCUGCGCCGUCCAGAUGGUGCCGCCGCCGCCUCCCUGCUUACAACCGCCACCAACAACGCUGCAUCCCCGUCCGUUCUACCCCCGACUACCGAUCACGAGCCCGUCAAGGAGCCUCCUAUGAAGAAGGCCAAGAGGGCCAUUGAUGAAGACGACUAUGACGACGAUGAUGACGACGAGGAGGACGCGCCCGUUACCGCCUCCGUCCCCACCUCCAAGCCUACAAAUGCUUCGGGCGCUCUCCUAUCCCCCUCCAAGUCCGGCUCCUCCCCCGUCCAAUCUGUCAACUCGCCCAAGCUGGCGGACAAGUCUCUGUCUCAGCAGGAUGCCGGCACUGCAUCAUCUUCCUCGAGUCAGCAGCAGCAGCAGCAGCAGCAGCAGCAGGCCAAGACUGGCGGCGCUGGCGACGACGGUAUCAAGUCUCUAGAGGAGGCGCGCAUCGCGACAGAGGAUGCCGCGCGCCGCAGCUUCCACACCAUAUUCUACACACUUGAGAAUGAUCGCGCCGCCAUGCUAGAGCAGCAGCGUCUCGAAGACUCGGAGAAGCAGCUUCAGGCGGAGAUGGACAACAACGCUGUCACGGCCCCCGGCGGCGGCGCCCCCGACCAGAACCAGGCGGGCAACGCCGCUGCCCAGGGCUCCCUGAGCAGCACUAACCUCGGAGCAUCCAGCCUCACUCUCAAGCACCUCAUUGCCCGCAUAGACAUGAAACGCGACCAGGUCGAGGCCUCGGAUGCUGAGCUCAGAACCCUGAUGAACGAGGUUAGGAAGAAUCGUAGCAAGUGGGCCAGCGAAGAGAAUGUCAACCAGGAGGAGCUUUACGAGGCUUUGGAAAAGGUGCUCACCGAGCUCAAGGCCCAUACGGAGUGCUCGACACCAUUUCUCACUAGGGUCAGCAAGAGGGAGGCCCCAGACUAUCACAAUGUCGUUAAAACACCAAUGGAUCUCGGCUCCAUGACCAAAAAGCUGAAAUCGUUAACCUACAAAUCCAAGGUCGAAUUCGUUGCCGACCUCAACCUCAUCUGGGACAACUGUCUUCGAUACAAUCAGGACAUGAACCACCCCCUGCGCCGCAUGGCCAACGGCAUGAGAAGAGAAGCCGAGAAGCUUAUUCCCCUCAUUCCGGACCUGGUCAUUCGGUCGCGUGCCGAGGUUGAGGCUGAGGAGCGACGAAAACAGAACGGCGGCGACGACGACGCGGGCGAAGAUUCAGAUGACGAUGCGCCCAUCAUGUCGUCGCGAGGACGCGUAACGGCCACCAAGGGAGGAGGCGCUGCUUCCAGCAAGUCACGCAAGACGACGGGCGGCGGCAACGGCGACGACCACCAUCAAAAGGAGGACACGCCCGUCGUGGACCAGAAGCCAGUGUUGCAGGUCAACGGGCUCCUGGGCAAGCACGGCCGCGAGGACUCGGAGGCAGUCGAAGGAAGCAACGGCUUCUCCACCCCUCCCGUCGGCGGCUUCAACACCCCAGCCCCCGGAGGCGCCGCGACAAACGCCGACGCCAUGGAUGUCGACGGCCCUACGCUCAACAGUAUGGCUCUCAACCAGGCCUUUGAUGAGGCGGCUGAGCAUCCCUUCGAGGAUGAGGAGUACAAGAUCUGGAAGCAGACGACUAAGAAGGACAGGGCGCUCACGGCCAAGGAGCGUCACUUUCUCUUCAAGGACAACAAGAUCAACAUAGACGCGCCCGCCGCCCUCAGGACAAAGGCCGCUAUGCGACGCUUCAUCAAGCACCAGAAGGAGGCCGAGAUGGAAGCCUCUGGUGAUGGCCCCGAAGCAUCAUUUCCAUCAUCAUCAGCUCGGGCGACGAACAACCUGGAUGGUGCUGAUGGUAGUGGGUCAACACACGGCCAGGGACAGGGCCAGGGCCAGGGACAGGGACAGGCCCAGCAGAAGCCAUCUGAGACGUUGGCGGAGGGAAUAGAUGACGAGGCCGUCGUCGAUAGGGUCAUACCAGACUACUACGACGCUCUGAGCAACAUUCCUGACAUCCAGCCCAAGUUUCAGUGGGUGGAGGACGAUCAGGGCCAGGUCAUCAACCAGCACGAGGAUUUUCUCCGUCUGGUCCCUGCCGGGUCGUUUAUCGCGCCGCAGAGCAAGUUGACCAAGAAGAUCGAUGACAAUGUUCACCAGAUUCAGAACACGAGGAAGCUCGUUAGCAAGAUUUCGGUGAUAAAGCAGAUGCAGGUUCAGACACAGGUCUACACAAAUCAGUUUCCCAAGGCCAAUAUAGAGUCAUUCACGGAACAAGAUAUUGAGCCUCACUUCAUCUCUGACAAUGGCCCUGUUAUGGCCCCGGAGACGUGCCACGACGCCCUAAGGCGGUCCAUAACGAAGCUACUGUACCACGCGGGCUUUGAGGAGACGCAGCCGUCGGCGGUGGACGUCUUCACCGACAUCACGGCCGACUACUUCCAGAAGCUGAUCAGGACGUUCAACGUGUACAGCGAGGCGGAGAAGCGGGGGGUAGAAAACGUCGAGGGGGUGCGGUCGCAACCGCGGUUCACGCCCGAGGAGGUGCUCCUGCACACGCUGGACGAGAACGGUCACGACGUGGUGGCGCUGGACUCGUACAUUAACGAGGAGAUGGACCGGCACAGCAGCAAGCUGGGGGCGCUGCACGAGCGCAUGAAGAUGCACCUGACAGAUCUGCUGCGGCCGGUGGUGGCGGGCGACCAGGGCCCAGACGGCGUGGGCGCUUUCAAGGACGGCAGCGAGACGUUUGUCAGCGGAGACUUUGCCGACGACCUGGGCGAGGACUUCUUCGGGUUCCGCGCCCUGGGACUGGAUGGCGAGCUCGGCGGCGCGCUGGGCGUGCCGUUCCACCUCCUCCAGACGCGCGUGCGCAACCAGUACCAGAUGCAGACACAGUCCGCCGACGACGCGACGGCCGACAUGUUUGAGAGCCUGCCGCCGCUGCCGCCGGUCAGCAAGGACAACAUCGACGACCAGAUCGGCCUGGUCAAGAACUUCUUCCUGGCUAAGCUCCACGCCAACAAUGACGAGCCCCUGGUCGAGGACGAAGAACUCCCCGUUAAACAGAGGAAGCCGCGUCCACGUCUCGGUGCCACGGGCAAGAUCGUCUCCGCCCAGAAGCGUCCUCCACGUGAGCAACUCGCCCUUGCCAAGAAGAAGAAGAGACUCGAGGCGCAAGCGGCUGCAGCUGCCGCCGCGGCUCCAGAGGGCAGGGCAAACGGUCCCAACGGCACGCCGGUGAAGAAGAAGUCGAUGAGCGUGCCCAACGGCGCAAGCCUGCCCAACCCGGCCGUCGCGGCGCUGGGCACAUCCAUGGAACGUACGGAUAGCAUGCAGAGCGGCGGAGGAACGAGCCAGACGGACAAGGACGAAGGGACAGGCAUGAUGAGCCCGGAGAGCAUCGCUCAGUAG